UGUUCCAGCUUCAGCAACACUUCGUCAGUUAGAACUGUGCUCAUAUCCUCCACUGUCAACUGAUGUAUUUGAGUCACUACUCGCUUGGGACAUUUGGCUUGAUGCCCAGGUUCAAAUUUGUCUCCACAUAUGUAACAUAGCCCAUUGGCCCUUCUAUAAUCUCUUAACUGCCUUUCCUUAUUCAAUUCAGGAUUCAGAAUUCCACUUCUACUCCCUAUUGCUUGAGUCUUGAUUCCCAUAACUCCCUUCUGACUUCUCAUCCUAUUCUUCUCGGCAAUUUCCUGAUAUAAUUGGGCUAAUCUCAUGGCCUUAUCCACUGUCUUGGGCGUCCGGGCCAUCACUUGGGACUGAAUCUCAGGCUUCAAACCCCUCACAUAGUGGGUCACAAACAAAGUCUCAUCCAACUCCGGAUUAUGCAAAGUAGCUGCAUAUCUGAUAUCAUUGAAAGCCUGGGAAUAUUCUUCUACCCCAUGCUGUUGUUUCACAUUGACCAGCGCUCUCAUGGCAUGAGGGUACUCUUCCACCCCAAACUUCUCCCUCACCGCAUGGGUGAACUGCUCCCAGUCUCCCAAACCAUGUUUCAGUUUAUACACCUGCAGCCACUUCGACGCAUUUCCCUCCAUGUGCGUCGAGGCAGUGCUUGCCCAGAUCCAUUCGGGCACCUGAUAAACUGUGAAAUAUUCCACACACCUAUCAAACCAGAUUCCUGGAUCAUUCCCAUGGAACUUAGGAAACGACCACUUCGGUAGAGAACUGGGCCUGAACUCCCUUCCUUCACCCCAUUGCUCCCUCCGUUCUCUACCUCCUUCCCUGCCGAAUCCUCCGCCCCUCUCAUCCCCGCGAUGGACACGGUGUUCUCGCUCAGAGUUGGAUUCGUUACCUUCCAAAUCCUUCGCCAGCAGCUCGAGUCGAAGACGCGAGACAGUCUGCUCGGUCUCCUGCAGUUGACGAGCCAUGAGCGCCCGAUCCUCCUCAGCCUUCCUCUGACCGACCUCCAUCGCCUCCAUCUUGCCCGUCAGGCGCUCCACCGCUGUCAACAUGCGCUCCCAUCGCUCUUCUCCUUUCUGCUCAGCUCCCGCCAUGGCUUCCAGAAUCAGCCGCGUUUGCACCGACGGCUUGGUGGAUGGUGCCGUGGUGCUCUCCUCCGAAGAUCGAUGGCUCUGAUACCACUUGUCACGACCCUUGGCCAGCGGUAGAGACCACCGCGACGUGAGACGCAAGACAAGCAGAGAAGAACAGAGAGGUUGGUAGCAUGUGAGAGUGAUGGCGGCCGCCGAAGCGAGGGCUGCCUGGCAACGUGCUGCCAACCGCUGCCUGGUCCAGGAGGAUGCCAAGCGAGCUCCCAAGCUGGCAUGCUGCCCACCGUCCCUGCGACCGCAUGACACGAGCGAUGGAAAUCCUCCGAGUCCGCAAGAUCUCCAUGCCCCUAUGUUUAUGCCCAUCAACUGGAACCUGAUGAACUCCAGUAUGCCCAUGGAAACCCAGUGGUGGCUCCAGUUGCAGCCCAGCUUUGGGUGCCAGACAGCCCUUGCUAGGGAGCACCUCAACUAUGUAGGUGGGGACGCCGCUAAGGGAAUGGAGGGUCUAGCGCCGGUGUCUAAACUUGAGGAUGUCCAAGCAAAGACUGUGGAUCCUUUUGAGCCUCCGUGGAUCGUUUCGACGACUCUCAUGAAGCAAACGCCUGAUACGGGUUCGGAAGAGUUGAAGAAUCUUGCCUCCUAUACCCCGGCGAGCCUCAAGUGCAAGGGAAAUGCCAACAAGUGUAUUUACGAGGAUAAAGAGUUUACAGAGUUCAAAGCUUUUGAUCCUCUGUUUCCUAACAAGCCACAAAAGGAACACUGCGAAAUGCAUGCCCCUUGGGAAGAAACCAAAAAAUCUCAGCCAUGGUGGCAAGUAGCUGAUGUCGAUGGUUUGGCUUCCCUUGUCGCUGAAAGAGCAAUGGAAAACAUUGUCAACAAUGAUCUGCCAAGACCCACUCAGACAGUCCGGGUUCAUGGACCUCAAGUGAAGGGCCCUGAAAACAAGGAUGAUUAUGGGAUGUCUGUUGUUUCUGGGGGCCAAGAGCCAGAUCCUGUACAUGACACUAUGGAGUGCAGCUACAGUGUUUCAAGCACCACCAAUGACAUGAAUUCUUCUGACGGGGGACGUUGGCAGCACCACGAAAGAAAUAAUGUGUCCGGGGAUGCACGGGGUUCUUAUAGUUCCACCAACAGUACACCGGGCAGCAAGCCAACAUAUCAGGAUGCUUCUGAGAGAGCCAAGCUGCUAGAUGCUCUCCGGCACUCGCAAACACGUGCUAGGGAAGCCGAGAUAGCUGCCAAGAAAGCGUAUGACGAGAAGGACCAUGUCAUCAAGCUACUGUUCCGUCAAGCCUCACACCUCUUCGCAUGCAAGCAGUGGUUGAAAAUGCUGCAGCUGGAAAACAUAUGCCUUCAGCUCAGGUUCAAAGAACACCAGAUAGCAACCAUGUUCCCGGACCUUCCAUGGAUGUUGGUGAAGGAAAAGGUAGCACCGUCUCAAGAGCACAAUGAAGGGGCUAGGAAGAAAGGCAAAAGGCCAAACAGGAAAGGUGGCCUCUGCGAUGCCGUUGCAUUUGCUGUUGGUGUUGGUAUCGUUGGUGCUGGAUUGCUUCUUGGAUGGACUCUUGGGUGGCUACUGCCCUAGCUGGAAGUUCCAUCGACUUCCAUGACCGUAAAGGUGACAGGAUAAAUGCCUCCUGUGCACACUAGAUUGAAUGGCAAUACAUUGCAUGGCAAUAGGUAAGUUCCAAGUGUGUGCUUCAUGGAGAGAGAGAUGGGGCAGCUUUUUGGUAUUCUUCCAUGAUACUCUGUUGAUUUGGUGAUGAUAGCUUGAUGCCUUAUGUUGGUUCAUGCAUAUAUAGGAAGGAUCUGGUGUACGUACUGCCAGAAACUGGAUACCUAGGUUGGUAGUGUGGGUGUGGAUGCGAUGGUUGUCUGUGUGCUGUACAUAGGGGUCAGUGGUGGUCUGGUGGAAAGAUGAAAUCAGCCGACUUCAACAACACAUGUGCUAGUACUGUAAAUCUGUAGCUUUUAUUUGCUUAAUGUAGCCCGAAUUGUCCUAAUCCGCUUGCUGUAAUGUGUGGAACGUAUUUGCAUGUCUUGUUUACUUCUGGUGGAUAUGGACCCAGUAUCUAUUUAUCAUUCUGUGGAUUCAGUUUC